AUGGUGCAAUCUAGCCAAUUUGGUGGGCUCUCCAAUGAUGACCCUAACGCCCACAUUGCUAGCUUCCUGGAAAUCUGCGACACUUUUAAGAAUGAUGGUGCCAAUUUGAAUAAUGGUGUUUCUGAUGAUGCCAUUAGACUGAGAUUGUUCCCGUUUUCACUUCGAGACAAGGCAAAAAGUUGGCUAAACUAUCUUCCGCCGGGAACCAUUACUACUUGGGAUGCUUUGGCCCAAAAGUUCCUAGCAAAGUUCUUUCCUCCUGCAAAAACAGCUAAGAUGCGGAAUGCCAUUACCACCUUUACUCAACAUGACAUGGAAUCGCUUUAUGAGGCAUGGGAAAGGUACAAGGAAAUGUUGAGAAAAUGCCCACACCACGGAUUACCUGAUUGGCUUCAAGUGCACACUUUUUACAAUGGGUUGUAUGAAACAACUAGAACUCUUGUAGAUGCAGCAGCAGGUGGAACUUUCAUGAGCAAGACACAUGAAGAGGCCUAUGUACUAUUAGAAGAUAUGGCUGCUAAUGCAUAUCAGUGGCCAGUGGAACGUUCAACACCAAAGAGAGCAUUCAGAAUUCAUGAAGUUGAUGCUCUCUCCACACUCACUGCUCAAGUAGCCACAUUAUCUAAGCAGUUGGGUUCACUAACUACAAAUGCCAUACACACGGAACCGGAGGUAUGUGAGCUAUGUAGUAGAGACCAUGCAAGUAACGAAUGUCCAGUUGGCAACUCAUUUGCUUCUCAUCAAUCUGAGCAAGCUCACUUUGUUGGAAAUUUCAAGCGGCAGCAAAAUAGUCCUUUCUCCAACACAUAUAAUCCAGAAUGGCGAAAUCACCCGAAUCUUUCAUGGAAGAAUAACCAAAAUGUGAUAAAGCCAGCUCCUGUCUUUCAACCUCAACAGCCUAAGGUGUCAUUAGAAGAUGCUCUUGCUCAACUUUCUUUUAACACAAGUUAG